AUGGGUGUAGGUCUAGCUAUCGGGAGAUCACCCCCUCCCAGACCUGACCCAGGACAGAGUCCCGGUCUCCCUAUUCAGUCUCCCAGCACGACAGAGGACACUGAAGCCGUUUCUGACAAAACUGAAGCAAAAAUCCGAAGGUGCCGAGAUGCACUGAAAAUGUUCCUUGAAAAUCGAACGAAGGAUAUAUCUGAGGGAACAAAGGACGAAGAAUGUUUGACCCCUUUAAACAAGAUCUAUACAGAGCUUUACAUCACAAGAGGAGGCAGUGGGGAGGUUCAUAGUGAACAUGAAGUGAUCGAGUUAGAAUGCAAACGGAGUCCGAGUGAGGAGAAGAACAUCCAGCUCAGUGACAUUUUUAAACCUUUACCAGGCGAAGAAAGCCCUCCUCAAAGAGUUCUGACGAAGGGAAUCGCUGGCAUUGGAAAGUCGGUAGCUGUGCAGAAAUUCACUCAGGACUGGGCGACCGGAGAAGCCAACCAAACUACUGACUUUGUAUUUCCAUUCACAUUCAGAGACUUGAAUUUAAUAAAAGAGGACUGUUCUCUUGUGUCGUUAGUUAGUUCCCAUUUCGAAGAAGUGGAGGAUUUGAAACCAUCAGACUACAACAGUUCAAGUGUUUUGUUCAUCUUUGAUGGCCUUGAUGAAAGCCAGUUACCUCUGGAUUUCAAGAAAAUUAAGAAGUGCAGAGAUGUUACAAAGCUCACAACAUUAGACGUCCUGCUUACAAACUUAAUCUCAGGGAACCUGCUGCACAAAGCCUCGAUCUGGAUCACAAGUAGACCAGCUGCAGCCACUAAGAUUCCUCCUGAGGUCUUCAACAGAGUGACCGAGGUACGAGGCUUCAACAAUGACCAGAAGAAGGAGUACUUUCAGAAGAAAGUUACUGACAAAAACAUGUCUCAGAAGAUACUCAAUCAUCUUCAGUCAAAGCCACUGAGAAGUCUCUACAUCAUGUGCCACAUCCCAGUCUUCUGUUGGAUUUCAGCCUCGACUCUCCAGAGUCUCUUAACAGAAACUCACAAAGGUGAGUUGCCCAAGACUCUGACUGGAAUGUACACACACUUCCUGAUCAUCCAGACGGAGCUGAAACACCAGAAGGAUUAUGAGGAAGGUGAAUCGGACAAAGAAGUCAUCAUGAAAUUGGGAAAGCUGGCAUUUGAACAGCUACAGAAGGGCAACAUCAUCUUCAAGAAAGAAGACGUAGAAAAGUGUGAGAUUGACUCGAAACAAGCUACAGUUUUUUCAGGAGUUUGUACAGAGAUAAUCAGAAAAGAGUCUGGACUUCACAAACAAGAUAUUUACUCUUUCAUACAUUUAACUGUUCAUGAGUUUCUUGCAGCUCUGUAUGUCUUACAGACCUUCAUCGAUAGGGGAGAAAAUCUGCUCAGCAACCUGACAAAGAAAACACAGUUUCCUCUUUUCCGCCGACGGACCUUGAGAUCCAGCAGAGUAAAUCUGCUCACCAACUCGACAGAAGAAGCACAGUUUCCUCUCUUCUCCCUACAGAAGAGCGCAGUGGAUCUGGCUUUGGACAACAAUCUGGGACAAUGGGACUUGUUCCUGCGCUUCCUGCUCGGCCUGUCACAGGAUAAAAGUCAGAAGCUUCUUCAGGAAGAAUUGAAAUUCAAAGGAAUUCUUCAACAGAGCAACAAGAAGACAAUCAAGUACAUUCACGAGAAGAUCAAGAACAUGUCCAACAUCAACAAGAGCAUCAAUCUGUUCCAUUGUUUGAAUGAGUUGGGUGACCGGUCUCUGGUCGAGCAAGUCCAACUUUAUCUGAGCUCAGGAGAUGCUAGUAAGCUGUUACCUGAACACUGGUCAGCUCUGGCCUUCCAGCUGCUUGUUUCCAAUGAUGACCUGGAUGUCUUUGACCUGAAGGAACACCACAGAUCAGAUGCAGUUCUGGAGAGGCUGCUGCCAGUGCUCAAAGCAUCAAAGACAGCUUUGUUGAGUGACUGUUACCUCACAGACAGAAGUUGCAGAAAUAUUUCAUCAGUUCUCAGCUUGAAGUCUUCUGGUCUGGAGGAGUUAGACCUGAGCAGAAACAGACUGCAGGACUCUGGGGUGGAGCAGCUCUCUGAAGGUCUAAAAAGUCCCAACUGCAAACUCCAAACACUCAGACUGGUUGACUGUAAGUUUACAGAGAGAGGCUUUGCUGCUCUGACUUCCAGUCUGAAGUCAAACCCUGCCCACCUGAGAGUCCUGGAUCUGUCAGGAAAUAAUUUCACAGCCAGUGAUGUCAAAGACCUUUGUGAGUUCUUGGCAGAUCCUCGUUGUCGACUGCAGACACUGAAACUAGUUGACUGUGAGUUAACAAAGAGAGGCUUUGCUGCUCUGACAUCCAGUCUGAAGUCAAACCCCGCCCACCUGAGAGUCCUGGAUCUGUCAGAUAAUGACCUCACAGCCAGUGAUGUCAGAGACCUUUGUGAGUUCUUGGCAGAUCCAUGUUGUCGACUGCAGACACUGAACCUGAACUACUGCAGGUUACCAGCAGAGAGCUGUCGGCCUUUGACCUCUGACCUCAGAGCCUCCUCUGCUCUCAAAGAGCUCAACCUGAGCCGGAACCGCCUGGAGGACCAGGGGGUGGAGCUGCUUUCUGAUUGGCUGAAGAAACCCCAGUGUACAUUGGAGAUACUGAGACUGGAUCUCUGUGAGUUAACAAAGAGAAGCUUUGCUGCUCUGACAUCCAGUCUGAAGUCAAACCCCGCCCACCUGAGAGUCCUGGAUCUGUCAGAUAAUGACCUCACAGCCAGCGAUGUCAGAGACCUUUGUGAGUUCUUGGCAGAUCCACGUUGUCGACUGCAGACACUGAACCUGAACUACUGCAGGUUACCAGCAGAGAGCUGCCGGUCUUUGACCUCUGACCUAAGAGCCUCCUCUGCUCUCAAAGAGCUCGACCUGACAGACAACUACCUGGAGGACCAGGGGAUGAAGCUGCUUUCUGAUUGGCUGAAGGAACCCCAGUGUACACUUGAGAUACUGAGGUUGUCGAACUGCACAGAUAGACACUGUGAGUAUCUGGCCUUGGCUCUAGGGUCGGACACUUCACAUCUCAGAGAGCUGCAGCUGAGCUACAGUCAUCCAGAAGAAUUAUGUCUGCAGCUGCUGACAGACAUAAAGGAGAACAAACGUUACAGCCUGCAGACACUGGAAGUGUCUUAAUAGAACAUGAACCAGACCAAAAGACAACAAUGGAUCACUUUCUUCCUUCAGUCUGGAACAAGUCAAUUGAAACUACAAAGUGUGUGAUAAAGGGACCUUAGAUGCAUC